AUGUCGUACAGAAUAGAUUUCGAAGGCAGCUCUGAGAUUGGUGCAUACAUGUCCCUGACCAACACAUACUGUGUGAUUGGCCGGAGCCAGUCGAACAACGUGCUCAAGUUUCUCCAGGAAAACGUUGCCAUUCCGAUUGUCGAGACGACGAUCAAUAGCAUCCGGAGUGUGGGGUCGCAGUGCAGGGGGAACCGGCACGGACUGCUUGUCCCGCACACGAUAACGGACCAGGAGAUAAUGCACAUAAGAAACUCGUUGCCGGAAGAUGUUGUGGUUCGGCGAAUUGAGGAGAGACUGAAUGCUCUUGGGAAUGUUAUUCUUUGCAACGACCACAUUGCCAUUAUACAUGGAGACCUUGACAAGGAAUCCGAAGAUCUUAUCAGGGAUGUGCUGCAGGUUCAUGUCUACAGGCAGAACAUAGGGCAGGAGCCCCUUGUCGGAACCUUUGGAGCCCUGAACAACCAAGGGAUGCUGGUCCACCCCUUCACCAGCACAGAGUGCCAGAAGGAGCUUAGCGAGCUUCUUGAGGUAAAUGUCGUUGCAGGGACGAUCAACGGGGGAAGCCAGUGUGUUGGAGGGGGGGUUGUUGCCAACGACUGGAUGUGUAUUGCAGGGAUCAAGACAACCAAUGUUGAGAUGGCGGUCAUUGAAGGCGUGUUUGAUCUUACUGGGGACCAAGACCUGGAGGCAAGGAGAAGAGCUAUAGUAGAUGCCAUCGUUCGAUAA